CGACUACCACAACUAACAUUUCACGUUGCAGAAAUGCUUAUAUGAAAGCGUCCUCGUGAUCAUCCUCUAACUUAUGUCCACCCAAGUUAUAAAUUCUAGAAUUCCAGCUGAAAAAUCCAUAAAUGGCCCAAACGCCUGGAGCGGCAGACACCGAAUUCCGCAUUAUCUCCGCAUCGCAAAGCAAUGUGGGGUUAUACUUCAUGACGUUUUGCGGCGUUUGUAAGAAGUGCCGAGGUGUUCGUGAAUAUAAAUCUCAUAUAUGGUUAUAUCUGCCCGGCCCAAUUUCACAAUUGUUGUCCAGGAUUCUCGAGAAAACCGUGGGACCCGCAAAAGACAACAAAUAACAUAACCAUGUCUGACAACUCGAAGAUCGCCGUGCUCGAUUCGACUCUCGUCGAUAGGCUCCCCGCCUACUCCAAAGUCCUCUUCGACGGCAAGGCCCAGAAGAAACUCACCUUCGAGCAGAUCGCGCAGGAGCUGGGACGGGGCGAGGUGGCCGUGGCCGCGCUGUUCUACGGGCAGGCGCAGGCGUCGUCCGAGGACAUUGACAAGCUCUCGGGCCUGCUGGGCGUCUCCAAGGAGAGCCUCGAGGCCACCAUGGGCGGGUUUCCCGACCGCGGCCGCGCUGGCCCCAUGCCCCCCGUCGAGCCCCUCAUCUACCGCCUGUACGAGAUCGUGCAGAACUACGGCUACGCCUUCAAGGCCGUCAUGAACGAGAAGUUCGGCGAUGGUAUCAUGAGCGCUAUCGCGUUCUCGUCGAAGGUGGAGAAGGAGGUUGAUGAACAGGGUGUUGCUUGGGUGAACAUUACGCUCAGGGGCAAGUGGCUGCCUUUCACUCGCUUCUAGAUGUUCAUGGAUGCCGGAUAAGCCGACUAGUGGAAGUUAUUGCAUGAUACCAGUACCAAAUUAUAAUAUAACCUCAAAGUAUAUGAUUGAUAGCCUUCAGCAUGAACUGUUUCCAUGUAAGACUGUUACAACCAGUAGUGAUGAGUGACAAUAGUCAUGCAUUGUUAGCAAUUUCGGUAUAUAAAAUCCAGUGGAUUUUCACAGUAUCCUUCCAGCCUGGAAAGGCAGACCU